AUGCGUAUCACCGAUAUUAUCAUCGCCUUAGCCUCUAUCGGCAGCCUGGCUCUCGCUCUUCCCGUUGAUACUCGGGAAGAGGGAGCAGUCCUCCACAAACGAAACGCAGCCGUUGUGGAAGACAUUGUCAAGCCUGACCCCUUCCUCAAACGAGACACUUCGGAGGCGGACAUUGUCAAACCGGAUCCCUUCCUCAAACGAGACUCAUCCGACGUAGAGGACAUUGUCAAGCCGGACCCCUUCCUCUGA